AUGAAGCCAUACCCAACUUUUCUUCCUAAUUUGAAACCCACCGCUCUUAUUUUGUUCCCUUGUCGUGUUCCAAAGCUUCUUCCCUUGGUGAAAGAUAUGCCAGCUUUCCAGCAAAAGAAAAGAGCUGAGGGAGAUCAACCUUCCAAUUCUUCUUUUGAAGCCUCUCAACGCAUCAAGCUGAACAUGGAUCGUUCAAAUGAAUCAACAAGAGCCAAGCAUGAUCAAUGUCAUUCGGUUACCGUAUCUUCAUUAAAGGAAGAGAUUGAUCAGCUUGAGACAAGAUUAGAAGAUCAGUUUAAGGUUCGUUAUGCAUUAGAGAAGGCGUUAGGUUAUCAAACAGCUUCUUCGUACAUGCUGACUGAAACAAACGACAUUCCCAUGCCUAAGCCAGCUCUUGAUCUCAUCAAAGACAUAGCGGUCCUGGAGAUGGAAGUUAUUCAUUUGGAACAGUAUCUUCUUUCACUAUAUCGAAAAGCCUUUGACCAGAAAAUAUCUUCUGUAUCCCCAAAUUUAGAGGAGAAGAAGAAGCCAAAGUCUCCUCCUGUAACAACCCCUACAAGGCGUCUAGACUUUUCUGAAGAAUCAACAGAUCAUCUGCCUGGUGAUGAUCAAAACCAACCAAGGGAAACCGAAACUCCUGCAGGUGUCAGAGACCAAACGGAGUCCAGUUUUCAACGUAGCCACUCUCAGCGUUCAGAAUUGGAGUGUAAAAAAGCGUCUACAGAAGAUUCUUGGAGUAAAGCCAUACUCUCAUGUCACUCCCAACCGCUGUAUGUGGAGAAUGGAGAAAAAGUAAUCAGUUUAGCUGAACAUCUUGGCACCCGUAUCUCGGAUCAUGUUCCAGAGACACCCAACAAUCUGUCUGAAAGAAUGGUCAAGUGUAUGUCAGAAAUAUACUGCAAGCUUGCAGAGCCACCUUCUGUACUACAUCAACGACUUUCAUCGUCAGACUCGUCUUUAUCAUCGCCUUCUGACCAGUACGAUACAUCGAGUCCUGGAUUGGGACACAGCUCCUCUUUUGAUGUAGGUCUAGAUGAAUCUUUCAGUGUAGAAAGAGAAAAGGGCUUUAGUGAAGCUUACAGCAACAUGGUUGAAGUGAUUUGCAUUUACAGAGACGCCAAAAAGGCCAGUGAGGUCGAAGAUCUUCUGCAAAACUUCAAGUCUCUUAUCAUUAGGUUGGAGGAAGUAGAUCCAAGUAAGUUGAAACAUGAGGAGAAGCUAGCGUUCUGGAUAAAUGUGCACAAUGCACUUGUGAUGCAUGCCUUCUUAGCUUAUGGGAUUCCACAGAGCAAUUCGAAGAGAGUCCAACUGCUACUCAAGGCGGCAUAUAAUGUUGGUGGACACACAUUUAGUGCUGAAGCAAUACAAAGCUCAAUUCUUGGAUGCAAAAUGUCUCAUCCUGGACUGUGGCUUAGACUGCUAUUUGCUUCAAAGAAGUUCAAAGCAGAAGAUGAAAGAUUAGUUUACGCAAUCGAUCAUCCAGAACCUCUCCUACAUUUUGCACUUGCUUCAGGCAGCCACUCCGAUCCCCCGGUUCGUGUAUACACACCAAAGAGAAUCCAGCAAGAACUAGAAACGUCUAAAGAAGACUACAUAAGAAUGAACAUAAGCUUAGGCAAUCAGAAAAUCCAACUGCCAAAGCUGGUGGAGACGUUUGCAAAACACUCCGGUUUAUGUCAGGCUGGUUUGGCGGAAAUGGUUAACCGGAACAUACCGGAAUAUUCAAGAACAUGUUUGAAGAAAUGUCAAUCUGGUAGUAAAUCACGCAUGCCCAUUGAUUGGAUCUCUCACAGCUUUACAUUCAGAUAUCUUAUUCUUAGAGAAGCUGGCAAAUAA